AAGAAGACCCUCUCUCCCUCUAACAAAUCUCCUUCGGUCUCCGAGAAAAAAAAAAGAAUAAGAAGAAGCCGAAAAAGUCAACGGCGGGAGGAAGAACGACAGGUUAUUACCAAAUUCCGGCGAGGUAAUCCGACAAUGCGAGGGUUAUUUCUACUCUGUGGUGUUGUUUUGAUUCAGCUGCUUGCUGUUCAAACCGAUGCUCAAGGAUCUAAAAGUAAAUGGCAGACGCUCACCGGUUUCUCUCCUCGUGUGAUUGCUCGUGGAGGGUUCUCUGGAUUGUUCCCAGAUUCGAGCAUCGAUGCUUACAACUUCGCAAUGCUGACAAGUGUAGAAGACGUUGUUCUAUGGUGUGAUCUUCAGCUAACCAAAGACGGAGCUGGGAUCUGCUUCCCUGGUUUAACAAUGAGCAAUGCUUCUAAUAUUGAAGCUGCUUACCCAAAUCGUACAAACACUUACCUUGUUAAUGGAGUCUCUACACAGGGCUGGUUCACCAUCGAUUUCUCCUUGAAAGAUCUCAACAAAGUUAACUUGAUCAGAGGUAUAUUAUCUCGGUCCGAGAGAUUCGAUGGAAACGGAUACUCGAUCUUGACUGUUCAAGAUGUAAACACAGAGCUGAAACCACAAGGCCUUUGGUUAAACGUUCAGCACGAGGCCUUCUACGCGCAGCAUAACCUCAGCAUGACCACCUUUCUAACCACAACUUCAAAAACCAUUAUCAUCGACUUCAUCUCUUCCCCUGAAGUCAACUUCUUCAAGAAAAUCGCUGGACGUUUCGGGCGUGAAGGACCGAUCUUCGUGUUCCGUUUUCUCGAGAAAGAAACAUUCGAGCCGACGACAAACAGAACAUACAGUUCUAUCUUGAGUAACUUGACUUUCGUCAAAACGUUUGCUUCAGGGAUUCUUGUUCCGAAGUCUUACGUGUUGCCACUAGAUGACAAGCAGUACUUGCUUCCGUCUACUUCUUUGGUUCAAGAUGCUCACAAAGCAGGACUUGAAGUGUUUGUGUCAGGUUUUGCUAAUGAUGUUGAUAUUGCACAUGACUAUAGUUAUGAUCCUGUCUCUGAGUAUCUAUCUUUUGUGGAUAAUGGUAACUUCUCUGUCGAUGGUGUGCUCUCUGACUUUCCCAUAACUGCAUCUGCAUCCGUCGAAUGCUUCUCUCAUAUGGGCAGAAACGCUACAAAACAAGUUGAUUUUCUUGUUAUAUCCAAGAAUGGUGCAAGUGGAGACUACCCAGGAUGUACAGACUUGGCAUAUGCCAAGGCAAUCAAAGAUGGUGCUGAUGUUAUAGACUGCUUGGUCCAAAUGUCCAGCGACGGUACACCCUUUUGCUCAAGUUCCAUCGAUCUUGGGAACACCACAAUGGUCGCCCAAACUCCUUUGAGAAACCGUUCAACAAAUGUUCCUGAGCUUAGCUCACUUGGUGGUAUAUACACUUUUAGUCUCACCUGGCCUGAGAUCCAGACCUUGACUCCUGCUAUAUCAAACCCAUACAGAACAUACAAUAUGUUUAGGAAUCCAAACGAGAGAAACGCUGGGAAGCUUGUUUCCCUUACUGAGUUCCUAAACUUGGCAAAGAACUCCACCUCUCUUUCCGGUGUUUUGAUCAGUGUGGAGAAUGCAGCAUACCUGAGAGAGAACCAAGGGAUAGACGUGGUGAAAGCGGUUCUUGACACACUCACACAAACCGGCUACACCAACAUCACAACCAAAAAGGUUAUGAUUCAAUCAACAAACAGCUCGGUUCUACUCGACUUCAAGAAGCAGAGCCGGUACGAGACUGUGUACAAAGUCGAAGAAACCAUCCGUGACAUUCUAGACUCUGCUAUAGAAGACAUAAAGGCAUUCGCUAGUGCUGUUGUCAUCGUAAAAUCAUCGGUCUUUCCUGACUCAGAGGGUUUUGUCACGGGGCAAACCAAUGUUGUGGAGAGGCUGCAAAAGUCUCAGCUUCCGGUAUAUGUUGAGCUGUUCCAGAAUGAGUUUGUGUCUCAACCUUAUGACUUCUUCUCUGACGCAAAUGUUGAGAUAAACUCUUAUGUUACUGGAGCUGGUGUUAAUGGAACCGUCACUGAGUUCCCUUACACAGCAGCUAGAUACAGAAAGAAUAGAUGCUUGGGAAGCAAAGAAACUCCACCUUACAUGGCUCCUGUUCAACCAGGUGGACUCUUACAAGUUGUGAAUCAUGCGUCUUUACCUCCAGCCGAAGCUCCGAACCCGGUGUUCACAGAUGCUGAUGUUACUGAGCCGCCACUACCUCCGGUUACAGCAAAAGCCCCAACCUCAACCCCUGGAACACCAUCAGAACCAUCAACCAAUGCACCAGCACCUAGUGGACAAACCCGCCUCACUCUAUCUCUUCUCCUUUCUGUUUUUCCAAUGGCUAUUGCCUCUCUUCUACUUCUGUGAUCAAACCCUUGAUCACACAUCUUUAUAAGAUUUUCCUGUGUGUGACAAUGUCAGAUCUUAAUUAACAGCCGGAACCAUAAUGUUUUCUCAUGUUUAUAUUCUAGUUCUGUCCUAAAAAGAGCAGGAAAUUCUUGGAGUGUAA